UCCCUUGCCUUAGAAUUUCAGCGUCUCUAUUAUUGCUUGAGUUUAAAGUUAAUACACCCGUCUUAAGCUUUAAGUUAUACUUAAGGGUGGAUCGCCUACGCAAUGAAAAUAUAAUUUUUAAAUAGAAAAAAAAGGAAAUGAGUUUUGCAGAUCUAAGUCGAGAAUUUCUUAGAGAUUACCAUCUUGCCCUUAGAAAUUUGGAAGAUUCUUGGGAAGCUUUGGGCAUAAAAGAGGAUGAAAAAAAUACUCAAUUUAUUUACAUUAAAGAGGAGCUACUGGGAAUCCUUCACGAAAAAGUUUCGUGGUACAAUACAAGAAAACACGAAAUAGAGCUGGAAAUUUUGGAUUUAGAGAGAAACAUUGAAAAAACUGUUACUUUACUUGCUGAAGAUUUCCAUUCAUCUCGGAUCCAAUCUCAAGUUUACGGAAAGAAAACAUCUCUUAUUGAAAAAAGAGAUCAACUGAGUAGAAAGCACGAAGAAUUGACCAAAAAAUACGACGAAAGAUUAGUCUUAAAAGAUAAACUUUUGGAAGAAAUUAGUACUAUCAAUAGUAGACUGGGAUUAGCGCAACAGCGAGAAUUGUUUGAUGCUAUGCACUUGAGUGUAAAUUUUAUAAACAAUGCUAAAAAUCUUUUACUCGGCCUACAAAAAGAAGAGAAUUUGCGAGAAGCUAAGUUGGAGCAAAAGAUCCGUCUUGCCACGGAAUUGCUGGACGAGCUUGAGCUUGAUCCCAUCUCUAUACCCUCACAACUUGUGGAACAAAUAUAUUCGGGCGCCAAAAAUCUCCCUCUUACUGACGAAUUUUUGGCGUCUGUAAACUUUUUAAUAGAAGAAUUAAAAGAAAAAAAGAGUCAAUUUAUUUCUCGUAUUGAGCAACUUUCUGCGCAGAUCGGCGCGUUGUGGGCACGACUUGAAGAUUCGAGCGAGCGCGCCAACGAUGUACUAAAGCGGCACACUAAAUCUUCUCAGAAGACUGUGCAAGCGCUUGAGGAUGAAAUUGUUCGACUGACUGCUCUUCGAGAUGAAAAAAUGGAAGUUUUUAUAAUCAAUAUUAAGAAUAAACUUUUUUUAUUAUACGAGGAGUGUCGCGUGGGCAGCGAGCAGCGCUUGAAUUUCGAUUCGUUAACUGAUAAUUGCGAAAAACUUGAAGCGUAUGAGGCUGAGUACGAGCGCAUGUCUGCUUAUAAAACGGCAACGUCCGAUCUUUUUACUCUAAUUCACAAGCGAGAGACGAUCAUUGCAGAACUUGAAGCUCUUGAGAUCGCCAGCAGGGAUCCUUCGCGUUUUAAUAAUCGCGGGGGCCGUCUUUUGCAGGAACAGAAACAAAAGCAAAAGCUUGAAAAUUCACUUCCAAAAAUAACCAACAAGUUAGAAGACGAGAUUCAACGCUUUGAAGUUGCUAAGGGCGGCCCUUUUCUAGUGAAUGGGCGGCCUUAUAGAGAUCUUUUAUUACAAAACCAAUUUAUAUUUGUUGAAAAUAAAGAAAAUUUAGUUUCUGCUGCUUGUGAAACGCCUCAACGAGAACAGUUGGUGCUUCGCACGCCUGCAUCGAGCCAGCAAAAAAAACCCUCAUCCCUGCAUAAUCUGACACCCUUUGGAUCUUCAGCUACUCCUUACGCUUCUCUGAAAAGGAAGCUGCAAUAUCGAACACCCGGUUCAAAAAUGUCAAAGCUCAACCCUCAGGAUGACUCGCUUCUAUAAUAAAUUCUGGAGACUGCCGAGGAGUUUACUUGGAUAUAGUAAGGGGUGAAGGCCUUUAAAAUUCAGUUGCGUUCAGGCUUUAUCUUGAGUCUCUCUCUUACUUUAAAUUCGAAGCAAUAAAAUUAUAUAGUUUUUUAAAAAA